AUGUAUUCUCAUCAGCAACUGAUGAUGGAUCUCGUUGCCGUGCUCCUACUCUGUGGAGUACUACUUCUGCCUUCUACAGCCAAAGACGUGCCGUUUGAUGACAACUACAGAAUUACUUAUGGGAACGACCAUGUCGCCUUCUUCAAUCAAGGAACACAACUUCAGCUUUCAAUGGACGUGCACUCUGGGGCUGGCUUUGGCUCCAAGGUGAACUACGGAUCAGGCUUCUUUGACAUGAGGAUAAAGGUCCCAAACAAGGAUUCUGCAGGAGUAGUUACAACUUUCUACUUGAGUUCGAAUAGCCAAUAUGCUCACGACGAGGUGGAUUUUGAGUUUCUGGGCAACAAGGAAGGGAAACCUUAUGCAUUACAGACAAACGUAUUUGCACACGGGGUUGGAGGUAGAGAAGAGAGGACACUUCUGUGGUUCGAUCCAACGGCAGAUUUUCAUUCCUAUCAAAUACUCUGGAACCCGUAUCAUAUAGUGUUUUAUGUUGACAACAUUCCUAUCCGCAUAUACAAGAACAACACAGCCUCGGGUGUAGGCUACCCGUCACAGCCAAUGCAAAUACUGGCAAGCUUGUGGGAUGGAGAUGGUUGGGCGACAGAUGGGGGCAAAACAAAGACUGAUUGGUCUCAAGCACCAUUCAUAGCAUCCUACCAAGGCUUCAACGUUGAUGGCUGCCCAUUAACUGAUAAUCAGAAUAUGGAUAUUCAGCGCUGUCAGUCCCCUAAUUAUUGGUGGAACCAAAGGAAAUUUUGGAAGUUGGAUUCCAAUCAGAUGAAAGCAAUGGAAGCAGUGAGAAAUAAGUACAUGAACUAUGAUUAUUGCAGCGACAGGAAUAGAUAUCCUGUUCCUCCUCUCGAGUGUAGUAGCAACACUUAUGAGUGA